AUGUCUAAAAUCAUCGCAGUUACGGGUGCCACGGGUAGUCAAGGUGGCGGAGUUGCAAAUGUCAUGAACAAGACACCAGGCUGGAAAGUUCGCGCAAUCACAAGAAAUGUCGAGAGCGAAGCAGCAAAGAAACUGGCCGCGGAAGGGAUUGAGGUAGUCUCGGCCAGUUUUGACGACGAGAGCUCUCUUGUGGCUGCCUUUGAGGGUGUCAGUGCUGUCUUUGCCGUCACAAACUGGUGGGAACAUCUGUUCAGCGGCAAGACUCAAGAAGAGUCGGGUCUCCUCGAGGAAGAACAAGGAAUGAAGCUGGCUCGCGCAGCAGCCCAAGCAGAAACAUUGGAGCACUACAUCUGGUCAAGCUGUCCCGGUACCAAGAAGCUUCUGCAUGGCGAGAUAUCAGUGCCACACAUGGACUACAAAGCCAAAGUGGACGAACGAAUCAAGAAUGAGCUUCCAGAGCUUGCCAAGAAGACAACGUAUCUUUUCUUCGGGUACUAUCCUCAAAAUUUCCUUUCCUUCCCACUCGUAAAACCCAUUGAAUACCCUGGAACCGGCUAUCAUGUCCAGAUACUUCCAACGGAUCCAGAUGCCAAAGUACUUCUGUCUGGCGACAUGAAGGUUAACCCGGGCAUCUGGGUUCGACAAGCUUUGCUCUCUGCGCCCAAGUCAUUUGGUCGGUACGCCAAUGUGGCACUGGAGAAAUGGACCUUUAGGCAAAUGAUGGACGUCUGGUCCGAAGUCACGGGUAAGAGGGGACAUGUAAUUCAAUGCAAGCCCGAGGACUGGGCAAAGGUCUGGGGCCCGGCUGGCCGUGAACUUGCACUGCAGUUCCGGUUCGGAGAAAAGUGCGAUCCCUGGGUCGAGACUGAUGAGCACAUUAGCCCUGAAGAAUUGGGCAUUGAUCGCUCCGAGGUGGUUGGAUUCAAAGGGACGAUAGAGGGCAUCAAGCAUUUCUUCUGA